CUUGUUCGCGUGUGACGCCUGUGUUGACGACUACAGAUAGUUUAAGGGGCUAUGUGGUUUGGUUUCAACGGCUUACACGCGUACAUUAUAACAUAUUGUUGAGACUUACGUUUCUUGUCCGUUGACAACUUUUGUAAUACUAUUCCCAGUGUAACGUUAUAAAAAAUCACUUAAUUUUAUCUUAAAAAGUUUAUUAUUUUGUGUAUUUGUGUUUUAGAAGAACAAUUACUUUAUAACCAUUAUGGAAAAGUCGCCAAAAAAACGUGGCCGUCCUCGCAUUGUCAAAGUAGAGAAACAUAGUCCAGAACCUGAAGAUUUAGAAGAAAUAUUACAAGAAAUAGAUGAAGAAUCUAUUGGGAAUUAUGACUACAUCCCUAAUGGAAUAACUGAUUAUGUUGUGAUAAGAAACAAUAAGAAAAAAAUUAAUAAUAAUGAAGAUGUUUAUGACUUUGAUGUUGAGAAGGAAGAUGGACCGAGCAUGAAGAAUGAAAAACAAGAAGCUAAGGUAGAAUCGGAAUCAGCAGAACAUUCUUGUGAUAUUUGUUCCAGAUCAUUUAAAACUAUACCGGGUUUAAAACGUCAUAAAGCAUCACAUGACCGUAAACGUCAAGAUACUAAUGGAACUGAAAGUGAAAAUGUAAAAGUUGAAACCAAAAGUUGCGAUUGUUGUGGUGAGGAUUUAGCCACUGCUCAUACGAAUGGAGAAUAUGAGUGUUUUGACUGUGGAAAUUUUUUUAAAUUAAAAGCUAAUAUGGAACGUCAUCAAUUGAUGGUGCACUGUUCAGAUGAAGUUUUGAAUUGCCCAACUUGUGAAUUUAGUUGCACAGAUAAGGAAACCUUGUCUCAGCAUUUGUAUUCUCAUGCGGGUACAUCAAAACCGUAUUCAUGUCCUGUAUGUUUUACAUCAUUUAGUCGAAAAUAUCAUCUUGUUCGUCAUAACAUGCAAACUGGUUGUGAUGGUUCUGAAAAACCAAAAUUUCCAUGUCAAGUCUGUGGUAAAAUAUUUAAUCGCAAAGAUAAUCUUCGAGAACAUUUACGUGCACAUGCCGGCCAGACUAAGAAAAAACGUACUUACAACUGUGAAUAUUGUAACAAAGAAUUUGUUGGAUCAGCAUUAUUGACUGUACAUCGCAGAAGUCACUUAGGAUAUAGACCAUAUCAAUGUGACUUAUGUCCAAAACGAUUUCCAUCUAGCGGAGCCAUGAAAAAGCAUCGUAGAAUACAUACUGGUGAACGUCCCUAUGAAUGUCAACAGUGUUUUGCAAAAUUUGCUGCCAAAGAAACUCUUAAUCGGCACAUUAAAACUCAUACUGCACUUAAACCUCAUUCUUGUGGGUUCUGUGGCAAAACAUUCAUACAAAUUUCACAACUUCGUGCUCAUUUGUUCCAUCACACAGGUGAAAAUGGCUUUACUUGUGAUACAUGUGGCAAAUCAUUUAAUCGCCGAUCCCGUUUAACAUUACAUAUCAGGUACGUUCAUGAAGGUGCUGAGCCAUUUAUGUGUACUGUUUGUAACAAAGCAUUGCUUAGAAAAGAAGAUGUACAACGUCACCAUAUUGUACACUCUGGAAUAAAAGCACAUGCUUGUCCUAUUUGUGAUAAAAGAUUUGCAAUGAAAUCGUCACUCAAAAUACACUUGUUAACACAUACUAAAGAGCCUCCACGAGCAUGUGAUGAAUGUGGUCGUGCGUUUAUUCGCCAAGAUUGUCUACUGCGUCAUAUGCGUUCUAAGCAUAGAGACAUGUUGGCCGAAAUCAUGGCGGACGCUGAAAAGAAAAAACUUGAAGCUCAACUAUUGGGAAUGGUCAAGAAUGAUGAUAAGUCUAAUGAUGAUGGCCGCGAUGAUGAUAAUGAUGAUGAAGAAGAUGAUAAUGAGAGUAUUGAUGAACUAGCAUCAAAUGAUGAUAGCUCUUCAAGUGAUAUGUCUAAAAGUGACACACUAGCCGACUCUUUGAUGGAAUUAUUGACUGUACUUGUAGAUGAGAGUACACUCAAAGAAUUUGGAUGGCCAAAGUCAUCAGUUGAUCAUUUAAUUGAAUCUGUUAUAAAGAGAUGUGGCCAUAUGCCAAUAGCACCUGAAGAAGCGUCUUACAUGACAAAGCUUAGAGACAAUUCAAAACAACUAUUUUCAAUCAUUAUUGACGACUCUGCUAUUCAAACAUUACUCAGCAACCAAACUAUUGAAGAAGUAAUUGAGCAUGUAUUAAAACUAGCUAAAGCUUAAGCUAUAUUUCAAACCUUUUUUUUUUUAAUAUUCAUAUUGUUUCCAUUAUAUUAUUUAGUACUACGUUUACUUUAAAUGUUAUGUAUACUCUUGUAUCCUAAAUUUAUAUUAAGUACUAUUUUUUUUUUUUUAGUUAACUGUUAUUAUUACUUAUCUAAUUAUUUGAAAGUGUAAUUAAUCCAUGUUUAGUUUACAUUAAUUAGUUUUGUUAAAUGCAUUUCUGUUCUAUAUUUUAAAUAUUAUAGAUAAGGAAAUUACUAUAAAAAAAAAGCUUAGAUGUACUUGUUUUACGUACAGUAAGAAUAUUACGUUUAUUAUGUAUUAUUGACUUCCAUUG